AUGAAAAACAAUGAAACAAGAAAAAGAGAAGAUAUUUUAAUAUAGCUUAAAAACAAAUAUACUAAUAUUGAAGAAUUAAAUAAUCAAGUAUUUGAAGAAUUUUUUUUUAAUAAAUUAAAAGAAUUUUGUUUUUCAACUCGUAAUUAUGAAUUAAGUUCAACAAUUCAAUAGAUUAUUAAAAGAAAUCCAUUUUAAUAAUAAUUAACUUAUUUUACAAAGGUGCAUGAUUAAAAAAUAAUUAAAAGAGAAACAAAGAUUUAAUAUUUUCAAGAAAAACUAAUAUUAUUAUUAAAACAAAACAGAGUUGUUCCUAAGAUUUUGACUUCAAUUAAAGUAAAAGAUAAUCAAAUAAAAUUAAAAAAUCGUAAUCCACCUUUAUUAGAUGAUAUACAUAAAGCUUAAGAAAAUGAAGAAUAUCUAGUAGAUGAAGUCAAAUUAGAUUAUUAAGAAAAAGAUUUUGAAGAUUUACCAAUAGAUUAAUUGAUUUUGUUAUCCUUAAAAAAAUUAGAAUAAAAUAUUGAAAAAUAUUGUAACCCAAAUUUUUUAUGCUAUUAAGAUGUUUUAUAAAUUAAAGAUAUAUACAAUAAAAUGGGAAGUAUAGAUUUUAAAUCUAAUCAGUAUUAUGAAGAAAUUUAUAUAAUAUAUGGUAAAUUUGUUAAUAAAUUGAAUUAAAUUGUAACAGGAUUUGAUAAUGAAGAUUUUUUUAGAGUAGUAGGACCAUUAAAAAAUAUUAUUUUAAGAAAGAUUGGAAAAAUAGUAUUAUCUGAAUUAGUUAAAAAUUAAAUAGCUUUACCUAAAAUUUUGACUCAGAUUUCUCUACUUCAAGCUAAUGAAUAAAGUAAAUUUGUUUAAAAAAAAGCUUUUGAAUUGAGAUUCACUCAUGAUUUUUUAGAUUAAAUUUUAACAAUGCCUGAAAUAAAAGAGUUUAUAGAGAUAUUUAAUUUUCCUUAUUUAUAAAGAUGCACAACUUGGAGAGCUAUUAAGACUUACUAUUUUUAAGUAAUAGCUACAAAUUUUAGGGAAUAAGAGAAUCAAACAGAAAAUGAAAUAUUAUCAUUUUAGCUGUAAGAAAUUUAUGAUAAUAUCAAUUAAUAUUCUGAAGAGCUAAAAAAGUUAUCAAGAUUUGGUACAGUUGCUAAAAUGUUUCUAUAAGUUGAAUAAAGAUUAAAUUAUCUAUUAGACAAACAAGUUAUAAUAGAUGAUUGUGAUGAUGAAACAAAAGAAUUUUUAUUGAUUGCAUAUCAACUAUUAAAGAUUAGAUCAGUUAUUUACGCAAAAUUUAAUAAAUAAAAUGGGGAAAUUAUUUUAGAAGAACCAAUUAAAAAAAAAAAAUCUUAUUAGAAAAGAGAAAUAAAAUUAAAAAAAGAUUUAGAUAAGAUUAAUUAAAAAUAUCGUACUAUGACAUUAAUGUUAGCAAAUUAAAGAAGAAAAAUAUCAUAUCUAUUAAAAUAUUUUAUAUAAACUUUAAAUUCUGGAAAUUAACCUUAUCCUUUUAUAUUAGGCAUAAUGGAAUGGAAAAGAUUCAAUAUAAGAGCAACAAUUAAUUAAUAAUCAUUAGACUUCUUAGUAACAGAUACAGUUUUUAUGAAGUUUAUGCAUGAUGAAUAUAAAAUUGAUAUAAGUUUUGGGACCAAUUAAGAAAGAAUUGAUAAAAUCAUAAAUGAACCUUAUUCUGAUUAUGUAAAAAAAACAGAUUCUUAAACUUUGGGAAGUUGGACAUAACUUUUAGCAAAGUAAGCUCGUUUAGUGAAUGAAUAGAAAGAAUUAAUUAGUUUAUAAAUAAGAAAAAUUCUUAGUAAUAAUAGUUUUAAUAAGGAAGUAGAUAAUCUUAUUUAAUCAGGAUAGACAAGCACAAGCUAUUCACAAUUAAUUUCAGAUUUAAUUAAAAUAAGAGAAUUUGUAAAUCAACUACAAUGA